CCGGGUUUAGCGGCGUUGUAGCCCCGCCCCUCUGCGCACACCUGUACGCACAGGAGCCGCACCUGUCCCCAACUCUGUACCUUGUACUUGGGAUGCGCCUUCCACGGGCAGAUCCACACCCUGCGUUACUUUCCCGGCCCAGAAGCUCGCACCAGCUCCAUCUCUAUCGUCCCCCUUUACCUGACACGCUGGAGCUCCUGGCUUACCUCCAUGACUCCGAGCUCGUGGCCCGGUUCCAGAGGCGAUGCGGACUCUUCCUCGUCGAGUCCUCGCAUCCCAGCCGCAGCCACAGGACCCCGGCUCAGGCUGGAGCCCCGAUCCGUGAUGGCAACCCACGUGGACGACCGAAUGGAAGGUGGGACCAGCGUGACAACAACUCCAACCACAAAUACGAGGAGAAAGGAUGUGCUGCUGGUGACUGCAACCAAUCCCCGUACGAGGUAAGGAACCGCUUCCUGCACUACCUCUUCCUGUUUUCAUCGAGCCUCGGUCACGAAAUCUUCUACAUCACCUGUCUGCCCUGGCUGCACUGGAACCUGGACCCUUUCCUGUGCCGUCGCCUCGUCAACAUUUGGACCUUGGUGAUGUACAUUGGCCAAGUGAUGAAAGACGUCCUGAAGCUGCCCCGUCCCGUCUCCCCACCCGUGGUAAAGCUGGAGACGCGCGUCGAUGCGGAGUACGGACUGCCCUCCACCCACGCAAUGGCCGCCACCGCCAUCUUCUUCACGUUUUUACUCAGCGCCCCCUCCAGAAUUCAGUUUCAGUUCGAGGUGGGUCUCCUGAUCGCAGUGACGCUGUCGUCCUUGGUGUGUCUGAGCCGUGUCUACACUGGCAUGCACUCGGUUUUGGAUGUCAUCUGUGGUGCUUUGAUCUCUGCUGCCCUCAUAUUCUUCACCUACCCUUACUGGGACUCCUUCGACCACCUCCAGCUCACCAGCCGCGUCUCCCCCGUCGUGGCUCUGCUGCUGCUCUUCUUCCUCAGCUACACGUACCCAGAGCUGGACCACUACACCACCACGCGGGGGGAUACCACCACCAUUCUGGGAGUCUGCGCCGGGUGCUCCGUUGGAUACUGGGUGAACGAGCAGCUCGGGGAGACGUUCGAGCCUCAGGGGACGUUGCCCGUUCCCCUGCCCGCACUCACAGCAAGUGCACUGCUGCUGGGCGGAGCCCGCUUCCUCUUGGGAGUUGCGGCCCUGGUGGGAACUCGGCAGAUAAUGAAAACAGCAAGCCUGCAUUUUUUGUAUUCCUGGUACAGAGUGCCAAAAAAUGACAGCACUGCCAGGAGGAGGAAAGAGAUUGAAGUACCUUAUAAAUUUACCACAUACACAACUAUAGGACUUGUUAAUUCUAUAUUGGUCAACAGAGUUUUCAUUCUCCUGGGGCUGCUAUGACUUUCGAACACGAGACUUACAGUAUGAACAAAAACAAACCUCAUAUUUAUUACAAUGUGCAUCAAAGGAUCUUGUUUUUUUUUUUUAUAAUAAUUUUUUUUUUUUUAUGAGCUCUUCACAGGAAUGAUUCACAGAUUCUCAACAGUGGACUUGUGACUGACCUGAAACAGAGCUGAAAGAAAUGCUGUGCUUCUAAUAAUUGUUUUUAUGCCUUAAUUCUGUUUGAUUCGUCUUGCAAUUGUGUGGUAAAGGUUGGAGCAGCUUCUCAGUGCUCAGAGCUCAUGUGUCCUAACUUCCUGUCACUUAGUCAAGUCAGUGAUCCCCACCUUAAACAACAAACUCAUGUCCAAAUCGUAGUUUUGUGUUCUUUUUGGUGUUUGAGACUGGACUAAGGCACAUAAACGCAACGACAAGUUCAUACCAGUCAUGGAAAUCCAAAUAAAACCAGUUCAACUGAAACCUGGGAACUUA